ACGCCAUGUUGGGUGAAUGUAAUACACGACGCGACGGCAGAACAGCAGUGCCGCCGUGACUGUAUUGGCGUCUGGUGUGAAGAGUCAGGGUUAAUUUUUAGCCUCUUCGAAUUGGGGCAUGAAUAAAAAUGGAGUUAUUACAAUGUGCUGUAACUUCAAAUAACUUUGGAUUGCGGAAAAAAUUCCCAUGGAGUGUACGUCACGACGGAGAUGUCGACCCAAAAAUCGACGGCAGGAACAUACGGUCCAAUGAAAUAGAGUUCUUAGCUGAGCGUUUGGGCAGCCAAAUAUCCGUCACAGAAGGCACCUUCAUAGGUAGAAUUGAAAACCCUUGCUUAUGGUCUCGCUACGUACUACACUACGAGGAAAUGAAGGCAAACUUGACAGCUAGCAAAGUUACAGAGCACAUCGUUGUUCAUGCCACCUCGAUAUCGGCUGCGUACGAAAUAGCAGACAACAACUUUGACUGGAGGCUUGUAAAGCGUUAUCGCUUUGGUCAAGGUGUUAGCUUUGCCAAAGAUGUGAACUAUGCCGCUUCUCAAGCAACAAGAAAAGGUGCCUACAUUAUUGCUGGAAUUCUUGUUGCUGCAAGUAAAAUAGGGAACUUCGGAACCCAAAUACCACCUGGCACUUUCGAUACUACGACGAAUAAAGCAAAGAGUGUUUACGUUAAAUAUUACGACAAUGACUUUUAUCCCUACUACAUAGCUUACUGAGAAGAUUUUACAAAAAACUGUAUGACAUCACGAUUACUUUAUGUAAAAUUUUAAGAAAUCUAUUGUAUACACCCAAAGUCACAAUGGCUUGAGAUUUAAAAAAAAGAAUGGUCGAAUGUUAGAAGGAUCAAAAUAUAAAAUUUUCAAAGAUGAAAAAACUAAAUUGUAAUAUUAUACAAGUUUCAAGGGUCCCAGUGUAGAAAGUCGAAAUACAGAACGACAAAACAUAAAACGGCAGAAUCUAGAAUCUGUACACGGUUUUAUACAAUAGAGAUGAAUUCUGACAAUUCUAUAUUCUGGUAUUACAUACUUUGAAUUUUCUAUUUUUUUAACUCUCCAUACUUCGACUUUCUACAUUUCAUAGUUUUAUAAAUUAAAUUUUCGCUUCCGCAAAUAUUCGAUAUUGUGGCCCUUCUAUUUCUUGAUCUAUCUAUAUUUUUACCCCCACCCAGUCACAAUUCAUUAAUUAUUGUGGUGAUCAUAGUAUCUAGAUUAGACCUGUCCUUAAGAAGGGCAAAAUCGAAUUUUAAUGGUCUUACCCCCCAAAUUGGUUCGAAAUAAUUCAAAAAAAAUGUCCGAAUUUUUAAAAAUUUUUCCCUCCAUAUUUACCCACGCCUAGGAAGCCUUACUUUUUCCCAUAAGAAAAGCAUUGGUUUUUCGGGAUUUUUAAUCGUUUUUUUACCGCUGCCGUAAUUAUCAGCUAAAAAAUCGCAAAUUCUCAGAAAAUGUUGACAGUUAUAUUACCUUUUUGUCCAAUUUUUUGGAAUUCGAUACAAGCAUUUUUGGUCUAGAUCAAUCACAUCUUUAUUCUCUGUAUGUUGCGAAAAACGCGGAAAAAAGUCGAUUGAUCUAGCCCAAAAAUGCUUGUAUCGAAUUCCAAAAAAUUGGACGAAAAGGUAACAACUGUCAACAUUUUCUGAGAAUUUGCGAUUUUUUAGCUGAUAAUUACAGCAGCGGUAAAAAAACGAUUAAAAAUCCCGAAAAACCAAUGCUUCUCUUAUGGGAAAAAGUAAGGCUUCCUAGGUGUGGGUAAAUAUGGGUGGAAAAUUUUUUAAGAAUUCGGACAUUUUUUUUGAAUUAUUUCGAACCAAUUUGGGGGGUAAGACCAUUAAAAUUCGAUUUCGCCUUCUUAAGGACAGGUCUAAUCUACAUAUACUAUUUAGAUAUUUUUUUAAUUAUGCAAUUAUACUUAAACUCUGUGAUAGUCCGCAUUGUGAUCGAAGUUUCUCUAUAGAAAUAACAUUGUCAAAACUUUUUUUCAUAGUAUAUAUUCUAUUGUAAAAGUGAUAAUGUUCCAAAAAAAAAUAUUGCCUUCGAAACACGAGUCGGUUGACUUAAGCUACCCGACAAAAUUUAACUUGACAAAAAUUAUUCAAAAUAGUAAGAAAUACCGAUAGUCAGAAGUCACAGAUAGAAAAGUUAGUUGGAUAUUUUGAUUAAUCUAUUUAUUAUACAAUCUAUUUAUGUAUAUAUAAAUAUUUCGUAUGUUUAUCAAUUGCAUAGAUUAUGCAUAUUUUAAUGAGAUAAA